AUGCCAUCCUUCCAGCGACUCAAACACCCAUUCCGACGCCCAACUCAUUAUUACACGAUCCAUGAGCCGUCCCCUACACCGAGGCAGCUAGAGACACAACGCGAGAAGGAGAGGCAAAGGGCUCUCGACAAAAUCGAGAAUGACCUCGAUGACGGACGUAUUGGGCCCAGAAGUGGUGACUCGCCUGACGAACUUCCGGUGAUCAUCGAUAGGGGUCCGUACCGAGGCCAUAUAUACCCACGAGAGCAGCUCUUCUUCAACAGCAUCAUGCUAGCUUCGGACGUUGAACCAAUAUACGCUGGUCCACCAGGUGGAGAGCUUCGGCAGGAGGUGCAUAGGACUCCGAUCCGGCGUCCAAAACCACAAGCAGAGCAGAAGCUCCCUCCAAGGCCCGUACCAAGUGAGUAUUUGACGGCUUCACAGAAUAGGGAGAACUUAAGGAGGUGGGAAGAGAAGAACAACAAGUCUGCUGCGGCUGGGCAAACACAGCACCCGAGGCCUGUGCCAAGUGAGUAUUUGACUGCCACACAAAACGCGGAAAAUCUCAGGCGAUGGGAAGAGCGGAGCGGCAGGACUCCUACCGUUCGGCGAACACAGAUUCCGGAGCGGCGACCUUCUCCUCCAGAACAACCAUCUCCACCGAGGGCGCCGAUCACGCCAGGCACUAUUGAGUGGGAUGGCUUCAUGGACUUCCCUUCAGACAGUCGUCAGUUCCGUGAGCCUGGUGUACAGGCUACUGCGAAUGAGUCGAGCGCAUCACACAGCCUACCGACAAUGACAAUUCCCGCAGCCCGACUGCACCCAACAGCGCCGCCUCGGACUACUGUUGAUUCGGCAUUGCAGACGAAUCCAUCUCCCCCAUCAGCUUCAGCAAACACUGUACAUGUGCAAGUUCAAGCGGAACCCGCUACAGAACUGCCAAAUGGUGUCUCGGACCGGACCGAGCAGUCUGAAUUACUGACAUGGCUUACAGCGCUUAACGAAAUCAUUCGUAAUGAUGUUGUUGAUCCGGCCACGAGAGCAAGGAUUCAAGAAAGAGUGCGUCAAAACUCAGCCACUGGGUAUGAAGAUGCUCACCCCAUCACGGUGAUAGACGCCGGUCUUGUUCCAAAUUUCAGCUACCCAAUUGCUGGAAGUACAUUCCAUGAUCGCCUUCAGACCGAGCCGACGCCUCCAUCACAGUCACUAGAGAAUAUUAGGGGGAGUGAAGAGCAGCAGCAGCCGCCGCUGACAAAUGGUGUUAGUUCUGGACAUCACAGUGAUUCAAGUUCAAGCCGCACUCUCUAUCGCUCUCCCACACCCGAUAACUGGCCAUUACGAGGAGGCAGUGACGAGAGCCCAGCUCUACUAACGAACGGUGUACAUCCAGGUUACUAUCCCCCAUCAAGCUCUAGCGGGGACUCCAGUAAUGCUGCCCUCCACUACCCACCUGCGCUUCCCGACAACGUGCCAGAGCAUGUCUUCAACCUCCUCUGUUCGCUACUAACACCUUCCGAGCUCGCCCUCCACUACGACGUUGUCCAGGACUCGGCACCUCCGCAUCUACCACCAUUCCCUGCACUUGUGCCGCCCAGUAAUGCCGCGUCAGAUAUUCCAAUAGUAGUUCGUCUUGUCCAAAGAUUACAUGUUGCUGUCUACGGUCUCCAAGAUCGCGUCUGGGGCCUGGAAGAAGAUCUCAUUCCGCAGCUCAGCACGCAGCUCGAAGAGAACCACCUCCAGAUUAGAGAACUCGAUCGAGAAAAUGGCAGCUUACAAGAUGAGAUCACCGAGCUAAAGCGCAUAGCAGAUUUCAGCACCAAAGUUCUGACUGGAUGCUGGGAGCGCGAAUGGGAGGUUUGGCGCACACUCCUCGACAUUCAGAAAAGGCGUGAGACGUACCGCAGUCCUUUAUCACGUAUCUUCUCGCGCACCCCAACUCCCAGUGCUAAAGACGACGGGCUUUUAGACUUUUGUAAGCCAGAAGGCUAUGUCGCCCCGCCUCUGCCGACUGGAAAAGUAACGCAGGGCUCUCUUAAGAAGAAGGAACUCGAUGCUCUUCUGCUGAUGGCAAAACAGAAUGUUACUAUCCUCAUUGAGGAUUUGGGGGAGUUGAAGGCGUUGGCGGAGGCGUAUGACAGGAGAAAUGAGGCAGAGGAGGAGGUGCGGCCUGUCGAAGGGUCGCGGAGGGAUGUUUGA